GCGCGCGCCGGCUGUAAUUUCGCGGUGGUCGCGGCGCGCAGGCGUUUACGCACGCCGGACCAAGAUGGCGGCGGACUCGUUCUAAAGUUUAAUUUUUAAAUUUCGAAUACGGUGUUACAAUAAUCGAUAAGCGUACAUACAUUUUCCAUGGGAAAUCGUCGUCGUUUCGAAUCGUGCGCCGUCUGCCGUCUUAUCGCGAGUCUUGCUCGGACAUUGAUUUUCACAGAGUGCUACAUGAGUAUAGUUGCAUGUUUAUAACUUCAUUACACAGUUAUGACUCAGAGUCAUUAUGUGCCAGAAGAAUUAGGAGAUUUAUGGAUUACUAAUCUCAUCAAAAUGGUAUGAAGCAAGAAAAGUCCGCUUAAUUAUCUGCAAGACGUUGCCUAAAAGGCGUGUUGCGGGUAAGGUUCGGGCGCGGCUAUCCACGCGGUCGACCUUACUAACAGGUGAGGCGGCGACGCCACACAGAACAUGAUACUAAGGUUACCCUGUCCUUUUACGCAAACGUCGCUAGCGAGUUUACGACAAGCGCCCCCAUCCGGCCACUCCGCCGGGCCGGCCUGGUGGACCAUGAUGAACGGGGUCGGCGGCGCGCUCUACGAGGAGCCGCACGCGUCGCCACCCGGCGGCAGCCCACCGGCCGCCCCCGCUGCAGCGCCGCCGUCCGCCUCCAGCGCCUCGCCAGCCUCCGUGGGCUCCAACCCACCGCAGCCCCCGCUGCACAUCCCGGCCAAGCGCUACGAGCCGGAGCCCGGCGUCAUCCGCCACGCGCAGCAGCCCUGGGGCUACCCGCCUGAUGGGCCUGGCUCCUUCGAGCACCAGUACCCAGCCGGACCCACCUACUACAACCUGCCCGUCGAGAGGGAGCGUAAAUCCACGCUCCCAUUCUGGCCAGCAAGCAGCGGCGAGUACAAGCCGUAUGCUGAUGGUGGCUGUCAUCAAGGCUUCUCACAGCCCUGCUGGAACUACCCGUAUGGAGCCCCGCGCGGUGACCAGCCCCUGCCCUACGUGGGCGGCGAGGAGCGCAGGACGGCGGUCUCCGAAGCGUCCAGCUUCUCCCACGACGCGUAUGGUCUCCGGAACUACGCUCCCGAGUCGGUGUCCAGCGCGCCCUACCCGCCUCCAGGUUCUCUGCCCGGUUCCCUGUCGAUGUCGGUGGGCGUGGGCGUCGGCUGCGGGUCCUCGAACCCGCUGGACUGGACCGGCCAAGUGACUGUCCGCAAAAAACGCAAACCCUACUCUAAGUUCCAAACCCUCGAACUAGAGAAAGAGUUCCUCUUCAACGCUUACGUGUCGAAGCAGAAGAGGUGGGAGUUGGCGCGAAAUCUGAACCUGACAGAGCGGCAGGUGAAGAUAUGGUUCCAGAACAGACGAAUGAAGAACAAGAAGAACUCGCAGCGGCAGGCGGCGCAGGCGGCGCAGAACAACAACAACAACUCGAACGCGAACAACCACAACCACCACGGCGGGCACCACCACGCGCCGCACCACGUGGCGCUGCACCACGCGCCGCCGCCCAAGCACCAUCAGUGACCCGCGCCCUUCUCUGGGACUUACCCCCUUCACCACGGUAUAGCCAGCUAAGCAGCCGGGAAGGAAGAGUUCCAUAGGACAUUAGUGUGGAAUGUGCUCGUACUUAAGGUUCCAGGAAGACUAUGCUCAGGUUCGUUACCGAUGGACUAGACGGUUGUUCGCUAUGCCGUGACGUACGUAAUGUGGACGCUCCGGUGCCGGCCGCGCCUCAGUCCCAGAGAAUCUCGCACUAAGAUAAUAUUGUGUUGUCGAUUUGUGUAUAGUAUUAAUUACGAAAUUAUGUUCUGUAAUUUUAACGAGACUAAGUAUAUACAUGAGUAGAUAACGAUUCCUGAUAUUAAUAAUGUCUAGUAAUAGCGCUGAUUAUGUAUUUGAAAUUUAUUUAAGUACGAAUUACGAAAUAUUAAAGACGUCACCGAUGAUUUAUAGUUUCUAGAUAGUUUAUUGAAAAGAAAUUUUGUAAAAUAUUUUGUGAGACUGCUUAUUGUUGUAUUCGUAUCGCUGUUCGGAAGGUGGAUUAGUCUUUAAUCAGUUAACUUUUAUUUUCGUUACCAAAUUGUUGAACGACUCGGGUUGCUUUGGUGGCAGUUAUAGAUAUAUUAAGUUCGCGACCUGUUCACUCCGACAGACUAAGAGACAGAUGCAGCCCGCUUGCUACGUACUAGUACCUGUCACUACCAUCGACGCAUCGCAUAUGUAUACAUAAUAUAGAAAUCGCAUUAUGAUCAAAUAUUUAUUACUGUUUAAUUUCUUAUCUCAUAAUUCGUAAAUUUUGUUAUUUAAAUUAUGGAUUUCUGACAAAGCUUUAACUCGGUUCCAGUAGAAUUAUACAUUAAGUUACUGUUAUGACUUUUUUAAAUAUUGAAGUUGAUGUUAUAAUCAAUUAAUUAGGUAAUAUGGGCAAGUGCAUUAAUAUUGUCCUCUAUUGAUCAUUGUACUAUUCGCUUUAGCCUGUCUAUUACUAUUUUUAUUUUUGUUUUAGUUAAAUAUUUUAUUAUUUAUUUAUACACGAGUAUAACUACAAUCUAUUAUAAACGUAUCUUGCUCUACAUCGAACGAAUUGAGUACUCUAGGUACUUUUGAUUUGAAAUUAUUUGAAUUUUCAUCUAGUGGUCAAGUGAAAUCACUCAGUCUUAAGAUAUCUUGUACUAUUUAGCUACCUAUUUUAUAUCUAUGUACCUAAUAAAUGUUUUAUUGUAAACUUAGUAGUUUACUCCUCGGAUCUAAUUCAUUAAAUCUGUAUUGUCCCGUAAUGAUAUAGUGAAUUAAAAUUAGGUGUUUUUGUACAAAAGGGCGACCUCGUCUAGGUAACCGAAUUUCUUAAUAAAUGAGGAGCGAGGCAUCUAAUGAACCUUUGCUGAUACUUAGACGAACGGAAGACUAAUGUUAGCGAAUAUGACAUUUUGAAGCAUCAUCUAUUGUAUUGUACUAUCAGAAUACGGAUCCUCUUUGUUUCAUCAUGUUUAUCUGAAAAGCAUUACAUGAACGUAUCAAUCUAUUCAGGUAUUCAAUACGCUCUCUCGAUGAUCCAUUCGGCAGAGUUAUAGUACUAACGGUUUAAUCAAAAAUUGCUUCCUCGAUCCACAAUAGUGAUUUGCUUUUCAGAUAAAAGCCACAGAACAGCUUGACUGUGUAUUAUUCAACGAUUUCAGUAGAUACUACGAUUAGAACCAUACUUACCUAAACUAUAUAAUUGUAAUAAUUAAAGGUCUCGUAAUUAUUAUUGUACAGUUAAAUUAAUGUAGUUAAUCACGCCAGAAAAUGUGAGGUUUUGUUAAGUAUAAUGUAUAAUUAAACAUGAAUGUGCUCUCCACAGUUUUAUGACGAAUUUAGAAAGAGAAUGUAUGAAAGGGGAAAAAAUUAAAUAUUUCGUCGUGUCUCGGUCA